UGCGGGCUCGUUAUUGGUGGAGCCAUGUCUGUGUCCUAUUGGCUCUUGCACACACGACGUAAUCAGAAGCGCGAGAUGGACAGCAGUUGAGAUCUAAUUUUAUUAGCGUCCUCAACAAAUGUUUGUAUUUUUUUUAAUUAAUCAGCUUUCCAGUCGGUGCUUUGUUUGUAGUUUGAGAGACAUGUUUGUGUGUCGAGGAGCGAGGCUGUCGGCGAAGGCUUUGGAGCAGGGUUUCAACUCCACGACAGGGGCAGCGGCGCAACUUAAAACAAAUAGACUAACGUUAGUUGACAUUACCUGCACAUUGCCAUUACGUAACAUCCAUACAUUCAAAUGCUCCCGAGCUUUUUGUGGAUAUAUCGGUGGUGGUGGUCGGGAAACGGAUGAUUCUGCACUUUCGCUCGAUGGAAAGCGAGAAAAAAGGGAGAAGGACAUGUUCUCCGUCAAGAACCGGGACUCUGUUCGUUUCAUAAUCACGCAUCAGCAACAAUUAACUCGAGGACAUUUGGUUUCUUUAAAUCUCUCCAACAAAAGUAAUGUUGAAAGUUUAUUCAGCCGUACACAUAACGUCACUAGCUCAACGCUUUAUCGGACGAAUGGAGGCCAACGCUGGCAGAAGAAACUAUACGUAGAUGCACUUGAAUCUGUGUUUACGUCUGGCGCCAAUGUCUGCAAUCAUCAAUUAUAUCCCACAUUGGCUGUGCAAAUGAGACAUUUUUCCUCGGUUGCUGUUACUCCCAAACGGGUGGAGGACUCGCCCGCAGAUCACAAAGUGAUGAAUGUGGUGCCUUCAGGCGUUUGGAAAUUGCUCUCAAGGAUGAACCAAACUUGUGGAGGUCUACAAUGUCCCAUGAUGUCAAGCAAAGAGGCACUGAGUUUGAAGAACCAGACUCCAAAGCAGGCCUCAGCCAAAGUCCCUGAGGUACCGGAGCCUGAGGAGGACAAACCUAACAAGACCCAGCAGCUGAAGAAGAUCUUUAAGGAGUACGGAGCUGUAGGAGUCUCCUUCCACAUAUGUAUGUCCCUCAUGUCUCUGGGCAUGUUCUACCUCACUGUGUCCAGUGGGAUCGACAUGGCUGAGAUCCUGUACAAGAUGGGAUUCAGUGAAUCUCUGGUUCAGUCCAAGUUGGCGGCGGGUACCAGUACGUUUGUCCUGGCGUACGCCAUCCACAAGCUGUUUGCUCCGCUCCGUAUCAGCAUCACUGUGUUAUCAGUGCCUCUUCUUGUACGAUACCUCAGAAAGAGUGGCCUCUUCAAGGCACCCGACUCGCCUACACACUGAGUGGCUGAGACACCAACCUCCAUUAACUUCGAUAACGGAGACUUUCCAAAUAUGACCAUUACCAUUUCUGGGAUCAGGAGGGAAUAAGCGUGAGAAAUUCUUCCAACCGUCUAAUUUUUCAACUGGAAUUUCUGCAGGAGAAAAAACAGAACCAACCAAGGCUGACUUUUAACCCACCUGUAGGUCAGUGGCGGUCUGUGCCAUUUAAGAUGAGGGAGGAUGAUUUUUAAAAUGUAUUUCUUAUGAGCAUGGCCUUGUUUCUAUUACGGUAUGUUGGAUGACUGUCAUUCAUAUUCCAUUCACCCAGCUCAAUGUAACAUUGAUAGGUUUAGGCUACUACAAGAUACUCAAAAUGUCCCUGUACCCAUCAUGAGAUUGCUACAACCUAUCUUAUGAAAAGUUUACAUUGAAUCUUCAUCAAGAUCAUUUUUAGUAAUCAUGGUGAGACUGUAACAUAUUCAAUAUCACCGUGAACUCUCGUGCCUGCAUCUAGCUGAUCUAGGGUGUAAUCAUUAGUCAAACAGUUGCAAACGAGAGUUUCUAUUGCACAAAUUCAGGUAUGUUUAUCCCCACUCAAUUUAAGAAACGUUUUUCAACAGAAUUGGUGGAAUGAAUACACCCCUGAUCACACGCAAACACAAUUCACUUUCAUACCAGCCAUAUACAAACAGCAUGAUCACUUUGGUCAUUGUAUAUUGUGCAUUCGGAAGGUUUUCAGACCCUUGACUUUUUCCUAAUUUUGUCACGUUACAGCCUUCUAAAAUAGAGCAAUUAUUUUUUGCCUCAUCAAUCUACACACUACGCCAUAAUGACAAACCAAAAGCAGGUUUUUAGAAUUUUUUGCAAAUGUAUUAAAAAUAAAAAACUAACAUUUACAUAAGUAUGCAGACCCUUUACUCAGUACUUUGUUGAAGCACCUUUGGCAGAGAUUACCGCCUCGAGUCUUCUUGGGUAUGACCACUAUUUUCAGGUCUCUCCAGAGAUGUUCGAUCGGGGUUAAGUCCGGGUUCUGGCUGGACCACUCAAGGACAUUCAGAGACUUGUCCUGACGCCACUCCUGCGUUGUCUUGGCUGUGUGCUUAGGGUCACUGUCCUGUUGGAAGGUGAACCUUCGCCCCAGUCUGACGUCUGUUGUGGAAAUUCUAAUCAAUGAGGAGGAGAGACAGGGUCAAUCACCAAUCAGGAUAUUACUUUAUUCAAAACGUAUUAAUAGAGAAAAUAUAGAGCAAUAACGAGGGAUGGUUGUCGGGGGUUGGGUUGAGAGCACUGAGAACGAAUACAAACACCUUUUUAUAACAAAGAUACACCCCCUUGGUCUACAUUACAAACAACAGAUGUGUGGAAUGGGUCACAAGGUUAGGAUUUGUAUAAAACAAAUAUAUGCUGUAAAGAUGUGCUCAUUGUGUGGAAAUCAGGUUCUGGCCCCUAAAACAAGGUUCCUCUCAUCAUUAUCCAUACCCGAGUCCUCUCCACCCAGGUACCUCCUGGCACAGAAACACCAACUCAGUCCGAGAGAUGACAAAACCAUCAUUAAUCAGUUGCUAGAGUUAAAUCUCAGAAGCUCCUCUCAGUUCACACAGACACGAUAGAGUUCUAAGAACCCUAUUCUGUUUCAUAAAAAAAACGUUUGAUGCGAUAACAGUAUUAUAACAAUCUUGUAAUUUCUCCAUGAUACGUCCUGAGCGCUCUGCAAGCAGGUUUUCAUCAAGGGUCUCUCUGUACUUUGCUCCGUUCAUCUUUCGCUCGAUCCUGACUAGUCUCCCAGUACCUGCCGCUGAAAAACAUCCCCACAGCAUGAUGCUGCUACCACCAUGCUUCACCGUAAGGAUGGUGCCAGGUUUCCUUCAGACCGGCCGCUUGGUAUUCAGGCCAAAUAUUUUAAUCUUGGUUUCAUCAGACCAGAGAAUCUUGUUUCUCAUGGUCUGAGAGUCCUUUAGGUGCCUAUUGCCUAACUCCAAGUGGGCUGUCAACUGCCUAUUACUGAGUGGCUUCCGUCUGGCUACUUUACCAUAAAAGCCUGAUUGGUGGAGUACUGCAGAGAUGGUUGUCCUUCUGGAAGGUUCUUCCAUCUCCACAGGGGACCUCUGGAGCUCUGUCGGAGUGAACAUCAGGUUCUUGGUCACCUCUCUGACCACGGCCCUUCUCCCCCUAUUGCCAGCUCUAUGAAGAGUCUUGGUGGUUCCAAACUUCUUCCAUUUAAUAAUGAUUGAGGACGCUGUUCUUAGGGACCUUCAAUGCUGCAUAAUUGUUUGGUACCCUUCCCCAGAUCUGUGCCUCGAAACAAUCCUGUCUCGGAGCUCUACGGACAAUUCCUUUUGACCUCAUGUCUUGGUUUUUGCUCUGACAUGCACUGUCAAAUGUGGGACUAAAUCUUGUCCAAUCAAUUGAAACUACCGCAGGUGGACUCUAAUCAAGUUAUAGAAACAUCUCAACGAUGAUCAAUGGAAUCAGGAUGCACCUGAGCUCAUUUUUGAGUCUCAUAGCAAAGCGUUUAAAUACUUAUGUAAAUACAUUCUAAAAACCUGUUUUCGCUUUGUCAUUAUGGGGUAUUGUGUGUAGAUUGAUGAAAAUAAAGAAUAACAUGCUGACUAGACUAAUUGAUUUUGUUCACCCACACCAGAUGCGAUCAGGUCACGCAGGUUGAAAUAUCAAAUGAAACUCUGAACCAAUUAUAUACAUUUUGGGACGGGUCGAAAAGCAUUUAACAUUUUAUGGCAAUUUAGCUAACUACCUUGCUGUUGCUAGCAAAUUUGUCCUGGGAUAUAAACAGUUUUUUUUUUUACCUGAAAUACACAAGGUCCUCUACUCCGACAAUUAAUCCACAGAUUAAACUGUAAACCGAAUUUGUUUCUAGUAAUCACUCCUUCCUUCAGGCUUCUUUUUCUUCUUUGGACUUUAUAUGGCAGUUGGCAGCCAACUUUAAGGUGCAUUACCUCAACCAACUGGAUUCUGGACCUCAAUUCAUCUUUCAAUCACCCACGUGGGUAUAUGCACCUAAAAACCAAUGAGGAGAUGGGAGAGGCAGGUCUUGCAGCGCGUUGAGCGUCACAAAUAGAACCAGGUUCUAUUUUAGCGCCUGGCUACGCAGACGCUCGUAAGCAGUGUGAGUGCAAUGAUUGAAUAACAUUUAUGGUGAGCAUGUAAGGCUGUAAUGUAACAAAAUGUGUAAAAAGUCAAGGGGUCUAAAUACUUUCCGAAUGUGGUGUGUACAUAAUUCCUUCUCGAACUAUCUAUGCGCUCUCCCCCUCUCACCUCUUCCCUUCGCGUGUGGACUUCAGUGCACAACACAUCAACUUGCCAAACCUUCAUAUCAUGACCGCUAACCAUUACACACAGCCUACAUUGUUGUCACCUCAUAGUUAACAUACCUACUAGAACUAACGUGUUAUUAAACCCGCUAGCUACAAUCACGCAGUGUAGUCAGAAAGCAGUUUAGCAGUUGCACCGGUGGGACCCUGUGGCAAUAAAUGAAUAAAACCAAAAUCUUACUUUAACUUGGAAGAGUUCCAGUGUUGGAUAGCCAGCUAGCUAACGUAGCAUACCUUUGUUUGAGUAGGCUAAACUGGCUAGCUGCAUUCAACUAGCUAACUGAAUGUUUAAAAUAAUACAACCAAAUAUAGCUAGCUCUUUCUCUCUCUUGCUUUAUUUUUUAAUAUAUGAAUUUGUUCAAAACUGUUCAACUAUUGUCUUUCUCUCUGAGUCAACUACUCACCACAUUUUAUGCACUGCAGUAGCUUAUGCUUUCAGUACUAGAUUUAUUCUCUGAUCCUUUGAUUGGUUGGACAUGUCAGUUCAUGCUGCAAGCGCUCUGAGAGGUUGAAGGACAUCCUCCGGAAGUCGUCAUAAUCACUGUGUAAGUCUAUGGAAGGGGGUGAGAACCAUGAGCCUCCUAGGUUUUGCAUUGAAGUCAAUAUACCCAGAGAAUGACAGAAGCUAGCUGUCCUCUGGCUACACCAUGAUGCCACCCUACAGAGUGCUGCUGAUGGUAUUGUAGACCAUUGCAAAACUGUAUUAAUAAAUUGUUUGGUGACGUGAAUAUAUUUCUCAUAGUUUUAUCUAAAAAGGUUAACUUUGUUUCGCUAUUUGUAUUUUUAUGAAAUUCUUUGAGGAUGCUCGUCCCCUUACUCCGAGGAGCCUCCACUGCUGUAAAUAUCCCUAUUCGUUUCCUUUACAAACUAAAGUACAGUAGUUGGUCCUCAAUACGUAUGUUUUAAGAUUCUAUGCAGUUGUCAUUGUGUUUUCAUGCCGUUGUGUUUUACCUUACCUCCUGCUUCUUGUUUUGCAACAUAAGUAAGUAAAGUGCCAUGUCUGUCUGAAUUAUUGUAAUAAAAUAUGAAAGAAAGUAAUAUGAA